UAAUAAAAUAUUGAACUGAAUAUGUUUUAGGUAUGACCCGUGAUGACCUUUUCAACACCAAUGCAAGCAUUGUGGCUAAUUUGACAUCUGCCUGUGCAAAGCACUGUCCAGAAGCCAUGAUCUGUAUUAUUUCUAACCCGGUAAAUUCAACCAUCCCCAUAACUUCAGAAAUCUUCAAGAAGCAUGGUGUAUAUAAUCCCAACAAAAUUUUUGGUGUUACAACACUGGACAUUGUCAGAGCAAACACUUUUGUGGCUGAGCUAAAGGGUUUAGAUCCAGCUCGUGUAAGUGUCCCAGUUAUUGGUGGCCAUGCAGGGAAGACUAUCAUCCCUCUCAUCUCUCAG